AUGUCGACCUUACAAGUGUCGAGGCGUUAUCGCUCGUCGACUUCGGCGUCUUCCAGAUCGUCCAGCGCCGCCAACUCGAAAGCUCUCGAAAUCCUGCGCGGCCUCCUCGAUACACUCACGUCCAGCACACAACGGCGAACCAACAAUGGAUAUCCCGAGUUUCCCGUGCUCAUCAAGAGCCUCCGUCAGAUUCGACAGCACAUUGCCGCGACCGAACCCCCGAGCCCGCCCCAAGACGAUUUUAGGCACCUAUACGGGUUUAACAGGCUCCUCGACGUGCUGAGAUCCUACUCGGGCUUUUACAACCCCCAACGCCGGACCAAAGAAGAGAAAGAAGGUCUAUUUGGAUUGCUCGAAGCUGUCUUGGACGUCUUUGCCGCUGCCUUCUUGGGCCAUCCAGGGAACAAGCGAUACUUUCGCCACAGGGUGGAAGGAGGCGGAUGGGAGGCUCUCGAGCAGACUAUUGCCAGCGUUGGCCUUGGUGGAAGCGACUCUGAUCUGUGGACCAACUGUCAGAUGUUUGGGAAAUUGCUAGCAUUCUCACUCGGGGACAAGACUAUGGACGCCAUCUGCCAAUCGGUUGCGACAAGUUCAGAACCGAAGGACGAAAAUGCCAAGAACUCGACAGAUCCAGAGGAGCCCCCUGAGGACGAUGCUCAGCAACCAAAAACGCCGCAAGUUCCAGAACGAAAGGACGUAAUCCAGGCAGUGCGCGAUGGCAUGCAGAAACGGGCCUUCUUCAGAAAUCCUGAAAUUUUGCGUGCUGUCGUGGGCUUCUGGGAGUCUAUUCCGCGAGCGCAAAAUAUGCCAGCCAACUCUUGCUCAAUGGUCGUCUUGGAGAUCAUGUCAAGCGCAGUUUCCGUCUCGAUGUUCAAUCUUGCAGCUCUCCACGCAACCGGAGUAUUAUCGCGAUUCCUCCGCGUGCUGUUCAGCCCCGUCGCCAAACUCGACCAAGCAGAGAAGGACAAGCUCCUCAUCAUGUGCAAAAAGCUCAUGUACUUGGGAUUCAAUCAGCCCGCCGACACCCAGUUCUUACUGGCGAGCAAAUUGCCGGAAGCCUCAGAGUUCUGCUUGGAGAUGACUUCGACGUAUAGCGGCCCGCCCUUCUUUCAAUUCGACCUCUCCUUGCAUGGCCACUCGUCCAUCGAAUUACCCACACUCGGCCGGUCUUUUCCUCCCAGCUCAUCUCCAGGCUAUACCUUUACGGCAUGGAUUCGUGUGGAUCGUUUUGACCCCAACUCACAUACAACCCUCUUUGGCGUCUUUGAUGCCAGUCAGACAUGCUUUCUCCUCAUGUAUCUUGAGCGAGAUACACGCAACUUCAUCUUACAGACCUCGGUCACUUCCAGCCGACCAAGCGUCAGGUUCAAAGGGAUGUCAUUCAAGGACAAGCAAUGGUACCAUAUUGCCCUUGUUCACCGACGACCAAAAACAAUGACUGCAAGCAAAGCCUCACUAUACGUCAACGGCGAAUUUGUUGAGCAGAUCAAGUGUGCAUACCCUUCGCCGCCACCACUCGCCAACGCUAGUACCGAAAGCUUCGCAUCAUUUGCUUCGACGAACGCAAAGCAACAUCCUGUUCAGGCAUUCCUAGGAACUCCAAGAGAUCUUUCCAGCCAAGUUGGUCCCGGUCUGGUCUUUUCGAAAUGGUCUUUGGCUUCAGCCCAUCUUUUUGAAGACGCCCUAAGCGACGACUUCCUGGCUGUUCAUUACGGACUCUCCCCAAAAUACCAGGGCAACUUUCAAGAUAGCCUAGGCGGUUUCCAGACUUACGAGGCCUCGGCGAGCCUAGGACUACGAAACGAGGUUUUCCAUCCUGGAAGAGAUGAGAGUUCCGAUAUCAUAAGAGCCAUCAGAGACAAGGCUGGCAGCCUCCUACCAGAAAGCAAGAUUCUACUGAGCAUACUCCCAACAGGUGUCUUCAGAGAAGAUGGCGUUUAUCAAGAUACCCAGCUUUACCGUGCACUGCCUCGGCCUGCAGCAACGAAUCUCAUUCAAAUGACCCAUAGAAGCGGUUCAGCCAUUGCGAUUAACGCUGCCCUGCCAUACCUUCUGGAUGCACUCGCACGUUCCCAAGGUGUUGCUGUUCUAUCUGGCAAUCCCGUGGUGGUGAUGCCCUCCUAUUUCGACGACAACUUCUGGCGCCUUGCAGGCUUCACCCCUUUGGCUCUGAAAAUUGUUGAGAGGGCGACUUCAGUAGAAGAAACUGUUCGAGCGGUCGAGAUGACGUUUUUGUGCAUCAGAAAGAGCUGGAGAAACAGCGAGGCGAUGGAGCGUGAUAAUGGCUACGCUAUCCUCGGCAUGCUUCUCAGAGCCAAACUGGGCUAUACCGUCAACUUGGGUGCUGACAGCGCCAAUCUACGCUUACCGAUUUCAAGUGAAGAACGGGACAGAUUGAGUUUUCAGCUUUUAAGCCUUGUCCUCGAAUUUGUGGGCUAUAACCAUGCAGAGCCUUUGGAGUCCUUCAUUGUGAAUCCUCUGGCGUACCGCAUUCUGCUUAUCGAUUUCGACACUUGGAGACGAUCAGCUUCCAUCACCCAAGAGCUAUACUACAAGCAAUUCGUGACGUUCUCAGUGAAGAGCAAGUAUCAUCAAUUUAAUAGGAGAUUAAUGCGCAUGAGUGGGUCGACCCUCAGAUCAAAGCCAUCGGCACUGCUGACAAGCGACAUGAAAGGAAUCGUUAAACGGCUGCUCGACGCGAUGAAAGCAGAAUCGAUUUCCGAGGAGGUGCAACCGCACUUCAUGGCUGCUUUGGAGCAACUGGUGAAAUGCAACUACACAGCAGAGGUGCACAGGUCACUAGCCUUGUUCAUCACGUAUGCCUUCCACUCGCCAACAGCCUCUCUGGUAAGGUCACCAAGACCUGUGUCUGCCACAGCCCGAACACCCACGACCGGAUAUGCCAGACGGGCAACUUUCGACUCCAAUACCACAUCGAAUACGUCCCCCUCCCGGUUCCUGACCAAGAAACAACUCGGUGCCAAGAUUCUGGGAAUGUACUCAAACCUGCUCUGCGAAAAGGGCAACCUGGCCAACAUCCGCAAGUUUGCAAGAACGGUGACGAACAAGGUGAGACCACCAUUUGGAGAAAAGGAUAAACAGUUAUAUUUAUUGAGUAUGGACCAGUGGCUGCUAUAUCUCUUGGCCAACGACGAUCCCGAAACGGUAGUAUAUGGCAGCAAGAUCCUGGCCAGACUUCUCAUCACGCACGGCUCCACGUACACGGCCAAGUUCUCCGGUAAGACUGGUGGCUUCACCAUCAUGGCGCAUCGACUUAAACGCUGGUGGCACAUUCCCUCCCUGUGGCCAAUCUGCUUCAGCAUCCUAUUCGGACUUGACGUGGCGAACGUGGAUUUGGAACGCAACUUCGAGUUUUCCAGCUUACUUGAAACCUUUGGAAGAGCUCGCGUUCUCUAUCCUGAAUGUCUGCAAGUCAUAACUUCAAUGCUACAACAUGGCUUGAAGGAUGUCAUGAAGCAUCAGGAGGACCCAAAUUCUCCUCAAAAGUCACAUCAUCUUCAAGCAAGCGGAUUCGAAGGCCUAGAAACCCGGCCCCGGGCCAAGUCCAUGGAGACUAGGGGUCUAGAUGCGAGAAGUGAGUCGCUGCCCCUAUGCACGGGAAUGACAAUGCUGACUUUCGUCGUAGUAUCAGAGAAUGGCCCGCGUGAUAGCGAGCGGAUUUCAAAUCACGCGCCCAUGCUGUUGACUGUCAUCCGAUUCCUGGCAGACUUGCACUCCCGGUCAGCCGACUUCAAGGACUUUGCAUUGGCGUCUGAGUAUGUGAGGUAUCUCUUAUGGGCGUGUUAUCCCAUCAUCGUUAGCACCGAUGCUGUCACGCCAGAUACGGAGCUCAACUCUCGAGAUUCAGCUCUGACAUUUGAGGGCGGGGAUGUGAUGAUUCGCCCACUUGCCGGCUCUCAGCCUGGCCCCAUCGUGCGGACGACGAGCACAGAUGCAGUUGCUGCUUUGGCAGGGAACCCUCGUGGAACACCUCUGCGGAAAGCAUCUGGUUUCGUUCUGCUCACCAAUCAAACAUCACCUCAGGCCCCGAGCCCGGUCCGAUUUGCACCUGUCAUGUCACCGAAGAAGAAGGUCGCUUCUCAACAGUCAAGCAGCGCUACACUUGACAGCAUGGUGGAUCUGGUCGUCAGUGUCUUUAUAGAUCAAGUCUUUACGCGCAAAGAGUUCCCUGGCUUCGGUCUCUUCCUCAAGAUCCCGCCAGGUUUCCAAGAGCAUCAAGCCUAUUUCGAGUCUUUUGUCCUGAGAAAGACGCUUCAACAACUUGGAAGCCAUGUACAAGCGAAUCAGAAGGUUCUCAGCGAGCCUAAGGUUCUUACCAACAUGGGUAGACUUGCGGCGCACGUCACCGAUACCAUCUUUGAGGGCUGGUUCAUUAACGGUACUGAGCCCAUGCUAGAGUUCGCUGGCAUGGUGCUGGAGUAUCUACAAAGGUCCGAAGUAUCGACCAUGAAGAGCGUUCGCCUGUGCAGUCAAGCCGUUGGGACCAUCCGUCAAUCAUUCUUGAAGCUUCUUCUCUUGCGGUUUUCAGAACUGGACGAUCCAGACACGCCGAACGCCAGCGCAAAGGAAUUCAUGAGUAACAUUCUCUACUGGCAAGCUCCGAUUCUGGGCUGCCUAGCGAAUGAGGAGGAGUACAUGAAGCUGUUCUGGUAUCAAUUGUACUCGAAGCUGGUUGAUCCCCGAACAUCCAUCAGGUCUGCUGCAGCUACGAUCAUGCGCAUCAUGCUUGUCCAGAAGCCCCAUGAAUCCAAGGUGUUGUUCAGACAAUGUGUAGCACCAGAUCAGCAGCACCUGACGAAAGAUUUCGUUGUUAAGCUCACCGAAAUCGACGACGAGGCUUUCAUCGAAUGGGUGGACCAACACCGUGCGUCACUUGAUGCAUUCUUUUUCGGUGGCAUAUCAAAGAUCUGGGAGGAGUUUGUCGUUGUCGAAAACCAGCGAACGGUUGAUUCGGCUAAGUUCCGAUUAGCGAAGCGCAGAGAUCGACUGAAAGCAUGGCAGACGGAGGCACUUACCGUGGAUAACAUCCUCCUCCGUCACGACAUGGCGAACGGGGCCUGGAUGAAGAGCAUCUUUACCAGCGAGCACUUCAAGCAUCAGCGUCUGACACAAGACCAGCAGGAUGAUAUGGCCUUCCUGGGUGCGGCAUUUGUCAAGAUGGACAAUGAUCUGCGACGCCCGGGUGCUGUAUUCAGCGAGCAAGCUCAGCUUAAGUGGAAGCUUGACCGGACUGAAGGACGCAACCGGAUGCGUCUGAGGCUUCUGCCUGACUAUUCCAAGAAGAAUUCAGACUACCAACCGAAGAGGAGAGCAGGAGAGCCCUCCACUCCUUCAGCCCUGAAAGUCAACACUGCUAUGGCCCCCGCGCAGAUCGCACCGUCGCCCAUCAAGUCAGCUACACCGGCAUCAUCACGUGUACAAUCUAUUCCGAGUCUCGAUGGUGCAGAAACCCCCGAUAUCCCGCCGGAUGUUGACCAGGACGCGGAGGCAAAUGAGUCGGGCGUAGGCGCCGAAGAAGAUUUUGAGCUUGUUGACGAUCCGAACGAUGCCAACGAAGGCGAUGAUGGCUUCGAGGACAAGAACCGCAAGGUUAUGAGGCGGCUUGAACAAGGUGACCAAGUCCAAGCCGUGUACAACAUCUCCCGCAUCGUCGGUCUUGAGGGAUGUGAGGGAAUUCUUAUCAUUGGCAAGGAUGCCUUAUAUAUCAUGGACAACGUCUUCCAGUGUGCUUCUGGAGAGAUUGUCAAUGCCUGGCAGGCACCUCCUGAGGAACGAGACCCUUUCUCGGAGAUCAUCACGGACGCCAAAACGACGGAGCAACGCCAGAGCUCAAGCCGGAGUGAACAAGAAUCUCGCAGCUGGAGGUGGCAUGAUGUGAUCAGUAUCUCCAAGAGAAGAUUCCUUUUCCGAGACGUCGCGAUAGAGGUCUUCUUCACAGAUGGACGCAGCUACUUACUGACGUCCAUGAACCCGAUCCUGAGAGACGAGGUCUUUGGCAAGCUAAUGAACAAGGCGCCGCAUACAAACUCCGCUAGUUCACUUCCGAAUCCCGAGGAUGCUUGGCGUCUUGAAGCGCUGAAGGUCUCAGAAGAGAUGCCCCAAGGCUUUGGUUCGAAGUUUGGAAGCAUCUUCAACUCCACACCUUGGAAUCCCGCCAUGAAGAAGUGGCAGAAGGGAGAAAUGUCCAACUUCCACUACCUGAUGCUGGUCAAUACGAUGGCAGGACGUACAUUCAACGACUUAACUCAGUACCCCGUCUUCCCUUGGGUUCUCGCGGAUUAUACGAGCGAGGAGCUCAAUCUGAACGAUCCGGCAACUUUCCGAGACCUCUCAAAGCCGAUGGGCGCGCAGACCGCUGGCCGUGUGUCCGGGUUCAGGGAGUCGUACGAUGCCCUGGCAGAGAUAGGUGAAACUCCGUUCCACUACGGCACCCACUACUCGUCAGCUAUGAUCGUGUCUUCAUAUCUCAUUCGCCUUCCACCCUUCGUUCAGUCUUAUAUCCUCCUUCAAGGCGGAUCGUUUGAUCACGCCGACCGUCUGUUCCAGUCGAUUCCUCACGCGUGGAAGUCUGCCUCGUGCGACAACAAGGCCGAUGUCAGAGAGCUGAUUCCGGAAUUCUUCUGCCUCCCAGAAUUCUUGACGAACAUCAAUCAGUAUAACUUUGGCAAUCGCGAAAGCACAGGAGCAAAGGUCAAUAAUGUUGUCCUGCCUCCCUGGGCCAAGGGUGACCCCAAGAUCUUCAUUGCCAAGCAUCGCGAAGCACUUGAGAGUCCCUACGUCAGCCAGCACCUGCACAACUGGAUCGACCUGAUAUUUGGGUACAAGCAGAGAGGGGACGCAGCUGUAGACAACCUCAAUGUUUUCCAUCAUCUCUCUUACCGUGGAGCAACGGACCUGGACAACAUCAGCGAUCCUCAAGAGAGGCGUAUUACUGCCGGCGUCAUCCACAACUUUGGCCAAACUCCUCACCAGGUGUUCACUAGGUCUCAUCCUGGCCGCGAGCACUUUUCUUGCCCAAUACGGCGGUUGGAUACCUCGGUCUAUGCUCUGACUAGGUUAUCCCACCCACUGCUCGGUAUGCUUCAUUUCCACACAGGUUGGUCUCAACUAACGAAAGUCCCAGAAUCCCACGAGAGAGUAGCAACUUUGAUUUACUCGCCAAAGAUAGACCGCCUCAUAUGUGCCUCACCUUUCCGCCUGAACGUUGCUCCGUACGACAAGUUCCUCGAAUGGGGCUAUGCCGAUAACAGUGUCCGCUUCUUCUUCAGCGACAACCGGAAGGUAAGACAGCCUGACAGGACUAUUACUGAGAGCUUUGCUGAUGGCCACAAGCCCGCGGGACUAUUUGAGAAUCUCCACAUUGGACAGUUAUCUUGCGCCAUCUUUGCAGACUCGAAGACGCUCAUCACAGCGGGAGAAGACUGCGUCAUCUCCGUAUACGCUGUGCAGACAGCGCCUGGGAAAGUAGUUGAUCUUUUGCCUCGGUCGUCGCUCUUUGGUCACCGGGCUCCCGUGACGAACAUAGCCGUGUCCAAGUCCUUCAGCACGUUUGUGUCGGCGUCGACGGAUGGCCAGGCUUUCCUCUGGGAUAUUAACCGUCUAGAGUUCAUCCGCAAGUUGCCACUCUCGCGGCCCGUGGAGUGCGCCCGCAUCAAUGACGUCUCAGGCGAGAUCAUGCUUGGAUCCGGCCCCAACCUCAUCUUAUACACCCUUAACGGGACAGUCCUCGUCGACCAGAAUGUGUGCGCGGAACCUGACGAUUACGUUCACUCCUGUGCAUUUUACGAAAGUGCUGGCGACGAGUGGGUUGAGAAUUGCCUGAUCUUCACCGGCCACAAGAGAGGCCGUGUGAACGUGUGGAAGAAGUGCGUCAAGAACGGCAAGUGGGUAUUGGAGCUGCUCCGCCGCUUGGACCAUACCGAUCCACGAUCAGAAGUGGGAGCCAAUUACGACGCAGGCAUUACUUGCAUCACGCCCAUGCCGCAAUGCGUCUACACAGGAGAUGAUGAUGGGCGAGUGUACGAGUGGAACCUUGUCCAGCGGGACAGAUAG